CGCAAACUGCGCCCGCCGGCUACGCGCCGCCGCCCGGGCCGCGGCUCCUCCCCCGACCCCGCCUCCCCGGCCUCGCGCCGCCCGCCCGUCCGCCGGUCUCUGCUAGACCGUCUGUCUGUCCGCUCGCUCGUCCGUCCGCUGCCCGGGUCCCGCUAGCCCGAGUGCGCGAGUCGAUUCGUCUGUCCCGGCCACCACAAACCCGUCUCCCGCCCCGAAGCGGUCCGCCUCUGCUACGCGAGGCCGGGGAUUGGCAGGGCGCGUAGGCCGCACCGCGGCGGAUGGAGCCGGAAUAAAGAGGCAGCCGAGAAAGCAGCUGGUCUCUGCUCGCCCCGCGCCUGACCCCGCAGGCGGCCUGGAGCAGAACCGAUUACUGGGGAAGGCAGAGCCUUCUCGACAUUGCUGGGACCCUGUCCCGAAGAGCCCCCUGCCCUGUAAGCACUGCCUUGUAGGCUGUCUUCUUGGCUCAUGAUAGGGCUAUCUGACUGGCCCUCCUCUGUGCCUUGUGUGAGGUCCUUGUCCGGCCCCGACAUCCAGUAGCUUCUCUCAGGGUUGGGUUCACCUUGAGCGGGAAACUGAAGCCAUUACUGUCCAAACCCAGUUUCAUCUUCCCAAGUAUGUCCGAAAGUUGGCAGCAGCCACCACAGACGCAGCCACAACAGCCACAGCCCCCACAGCCUCAGCAUCAUGCAGAGCCACCCCCAGCCCUGGCUGAACAUACGCUGCCCCCGGGCACGGCUGAGAACCCGCUAGGCUGUGCUGUCUAUGGCAUACUGCUGCAACCUGACCCAGGCCUGCAGCCCCCACAGCAUGCACCUCUGCAAGCAGGGGAGCCCAGCCCCAAAUGUGGUGUGUGUGGCCAUGACCUUGCACACCUCUCCAGCCCUCACGAGCACCAGUGCCUGGCAGGCCACGACCGCUCCUUCCAGUGCACACAGUGUCUGAAGAUAUUCCAUCAGGCCACUGAUCUGCUGGAACACCAGUGUGUGCAGGCUGAGCAGAAACCUUUUGUCUGCGGUGUCUGCAAAAUGGGCUUCUCACUGCUCACCUCACUGGCUCAGCACCACAGCUCCCACACUGGCAUGGUGAAGUGCUCCAUCUGUGAUAAGACCUAUAAGCCAGCGGAGGCUGCCGAACCGGCCACCACUACUACCCCAUCGCUGCCCUCGGCACCUCCACCCGCUAAUGUUGCCCCUGCGGAACAGCCUGAGAAGCCCUACAGCUGCCCUAUCUGCCAGAAACCCUUCAAGCACCUGUCGGAGCUCUCCCGGCACGAGCGGAUCCACACUGGAGAGAAGCCGUACAAGUGCACGCUGUGUGACAAGAGCUUCAGCCAGUCCUCCCACCUGGUGCACCACAAGCGCACGCACAGCUCCGAGAGGCCCUACAAGUGCGCAGUCUGCGAGAAGACCUUCAAGCAUCGCUCCCACCUGGUGCGCCACAUGUACGCGCACUCGGGAGAGCACCACCUGUUCCGCUGCAACGUGUGCGAGCUGCACUUCAAAGAGUCGUCGGAGUUGCUGCAGCACCCUUGCACCCCAAGCGGUGAGCGGCCCUUUCGCUGCGGCGAAUGCCAGAAGGCCUUCAAGAGGCCAUCAGACCUGCGGCAGCAUGAGCGCACUCACAGUGCCGAGCGGCCCUUCAAGUGUGACCUGUGCCCCAUGGGCUUUAAGCAGCAGUAUGCGCUGAUGCGGCACCGGCGCACACACAAGACGGAGGAGCCCUUCAAGUGCGGCCUGUGUGAGAAGGGCUUUGGGCAGCCGAGCCACCUGCUCUACCACCAGCACGUGCACACCCUGGAGACUCUCUUCAAGUGUCCCGUGUGCCAGAAGGGCUUCGACCAGUCUGCUGAGCUGCUGAGGCACAAGUGCUUGCCGACCUCCACAGAGCGGCCCUUCAAGUGCCCGGUGUGCAACAAGGCCUACAAGCGGGCGUCUGCCCUGCAGAAGCACCAGCUGUCACAUUGCGCAGCCGCAGAGAAGCCUCUGCGCUGCACCCUGUGUGAGCGCCGCUUUUUCUCUUCCUCGGAGUUCGUGCAGCACCGCUGUGACCCGGCCCGGGAGAAACCGCUCAAAUGCCCGGACUGUGAGAAGCGCUUCAAGUACGCUUCAGACCUGCAGCGUCACCGGCGGGUGCACACGGGUGAGAAGCCCUACAAGUGCCCCAACUGCGAUAAAGCCUUCAAGCAGCGGGAGCAUCUCAACAAGCACCAGGGCGUGCACGCCCGCGAGCAGCAGUUCAAGUGUGUGUGGUGUGGCGAACGCUUCCUGGAUGUGGCGCUGCUCCAGGAGCACAGUGCCCAGCACAGCGCUGCCGCUGCAGCUGCAGAGGGCGCCUACCAGGUGGCGGCCUGCCUGCCUUGAGGCCUCGGGGCCACUACCUGCCCUGUCCAGUCUCGCCUACUUGCAGCUGCAUGGCAGCAAGCCUGUCAACCAGCUCCCUCCUCAGGAGUGAGGACCAAAGGGUUCUGGGCAGGUGGAGGGUAUGCAUGUUCAGUUCUCCUAGAACCAGACCAGCCAUGGGAGGAGCCAAACUGCUGGGGCCAGACCAGAUUCCAUUAACCUCUACCCCACGACAGAACUUGCUUUCUGAGAUCCUGCUCCCCCCCCCCCCCCAUCUAUAGGGAACUUGAAUCCCACCUGUAGUCAGGUGCCUCUGCCCUAGGUGUGAGGGAUGUCAACCCAGCCUUCCCAAAUUGUUCGGCCUAGUUAGAAGUCAGGUGCCUCGGGAAGAAGGAAGUAGGGUUUCUCCUCAGAUUGAUUUUUUUUUAGAGGGGGGGAGGCCAGCUUUGUGACAGUUCUGGAGACUUAGAGUAUGGACCAUGAGCUACAGUCUCAGAUUGCCCAGCUAGGAUGAAUGUGCCCAAACCCCAAGUUUCUGAUAGUUGAGAUAAGUAGGAUAGGAGUCUUUGGGCAGGGGGUGCUUGAAGCCUAGGGCCAGGGUGGGGGAAGCAGAGACAUCCCAUGACACCCUCGGGUCAGCCAGUGCUGUCCACAGGGAAAGGGACACAAGCCUGUGUGCCAAGGGCAGUCCUGAGUCUGUGGAAGCCCCUCCUGCCUGUGAGUGGUUCUGAGCAUCAGGGCAGUGAGUGUGCCCUUGGCAGAGCUGCAGCUAUAGAAGGGGGAGGCUGUUAGUCCCCUCACACCAACCUCAUUCCUGGGUGGGGAGGAAGGAGGACCAAGCCCAUGAUUUCCCCAGCAGUCAUAACCAGGCCCCUUCUUCCCAAAUUGUAAGAACCAAAGUGUCUGAGGCUCAGAGUCAUGACUUCACCUUGUCCCAGCCCUGCCAAAUGGAGUUCUGGGCAUCCAGGGUGGGGAAUGGCUUCUCACCCCACAGAGCCCUUCUGACCCAUGGAUACCAUGAGCCAGCAGUCUGGUCAUGGGCUUGGGCACUGUUGCCAAAACAACCUGCUCUCUGUUGAGUCCUAGCAUCCCCUUAGGCCUUUGGCUACUCACAGCCUGCCUCCUAGAGCAGACUUGGGGACACAAGGAUAAAGGAGCCUAUUGGGCAGCAUUCUUAGCAGGUACAUGGUCGGCCACCAUCACUGGAUGGCCAGAGCCACCUCAAGAACCUGUGAAGGAUCUUUGUUGUCAAAGUCAUCAUUCUCAACCCAGCCCUGCCCAUGCCCUCCUCAGCCCCCUCCCCCCCACCCCCGUCCAUGAGUCUUGAAAGAAGACUCACUGGCACCCAAGCCAAGGGCCAGACGGUAGGAGGACACCACCACACCUCUCAUCUCCAAAAGUCCAGCUGGCCGCAUGCACCUGCUCUGUCUGCCCAGGCUCUGGCCUGUGGCCGCAGAGACAUAUUAACACUCCUCUUGACCUGACUCUUGUCACAAAGCCUCAACAGACUGGAACUCAGGCUACAACAGUCCAGUCCUACCUGCUCAUUUCCCCUUUGAUUUUGCAUUCUAAAAGAAGUUUGUUAUACUAUUCAUAACAUUGUAUAGCUUACUUUCAUGUCAUUUUGGAUCAUAUAUAAAUAUGAGAGUUUGGAAUUUUUAAAAGAAUGACUCCAUUUUAGGCAGCCACUUUUGAUGUUAAUAUCCAGUGAGUGUGACAUAUGCUCUAGAAGUAAAGACAUUUGACCGGUG